GUUGGCAUGGCCGAGACUGGGAGGAUACGUCUUAGGGUUGUUUUUGGCAAAGAUGAUGCCAGGAAAAUGAUCUUGCCAGAUCAUGCAUCUUCAGUAGACAAAUUUGUUGAAGCUGUAAAGCAGACCUUCCAGAUAAAAGAAGCCAUAAGUUAUUUUGGGGAGUUUGUUAACAUAACAGACAUCUCUGAUAUUCAAGAUUUUGGCACCAUAAAAGUGAUUCAAUUGCAAAGUCUAGAUUCUCCAGCAUUAGAGGAUUCUGUUCAAAGUACUUCAAGAUCUUCAAGUGGUGAUUCAUUUUCUGUGCUGUCAGCUGAUUCAGAUGACACUCUGAUCCUUCAAAAACCUGAAUCCGUUUCAUCUCGAACCCUGCCAUGGCCACACAUUUUCCUCAUCUCUCGUUUCUCUUAUGAGACUGAGCUGCAAUUGGAGGAAGGAAAUGCACAGUACAUAGCCAAAAAAACAAUGUUGAUGAUCAGCUCAAAAAUGAAAUCGGAUAUACUGCAGAAAUUAGCCGAAGAGAUUUUCAAAUUCAAAGCAUAUCCAUCAGAUGCUGACUUCUGUGAGGUUUCAGAAGCCCUAAUACAGUUGCAUCCCUUUUUAAAGGAACCAGGUUCAUACAAUGGUUGUUAUGGAUGGAAACAGAGACUCAAAUGUAAAAUGGGUAACUACAGAACCCAACUUAAAUUGUGUGGUUGUGCUGAGCUUACUGUCAAUUCACUCAAGACCAAAGCAGAUGAAGACGCUUACCCUGCCAAGAAUAUAAAGAAGCCGAGACGGGCUGAAGCAUACUACUACCCUGCUUUACCAAGUGGUCAGACCAAAGAAAGCCUUGAAAAAGAAAGGACAUUGCUACUACAAGAAAUGAAGAAGAAAAACAAUGAGAAAAUGAUUCGAGAAAUGAUGGCAAAGACUUUUGCCUACAGGAGACAAGAAGUGGUAAAUGAACAGCCAAGGAUUGUGGAUUUUGUGAAGAGAUGGCCUGCUUUCUUUCAAAAGAAUGAGAUUAAUGCAGAAUUUCUUCGAAUCACAAUUGUUCCCCUUGAGUCCAGGUUUUUUUCAGAGUUAGACAGACAUUCCAGUCAGCUCAUCAAACUCAUUAGCAGCAAAGGUGGAGCCACACGAGUCAAAACUAGCAACUGCAUGACUGCUUUGGAUCAGACUAGUGACAUCAACACAAGGAGAGAAUGAGUGCUUAGAUCCCUUAUUCUCUAUCUUGGUGAGGAUGACAAGUGCCUGUUAACAGACUAUCUGGAUUGUCAAGUUGAGAAAGCUGAACAAGACAUGGAAAGAAUGACCAUGGGCAUCCUCGUCAUCCGGAAGGAGGGUGAUGAACUUUUUAGUUCACUUGCAGAUGUUGGGAUCAUCAUUGAGGGUGUUGAGGUGAUGAAUGAACUCUCUUCAGUUGUCUCUGCUUGUGCAAUACUGUUUGGACUAAUAUACACACUAAACUUAAGUUAUCCAAAUGAAUUGAAAGUGACAUUUGAGAUGUUUCAAAAAAUCUUCAUGCAACUAGAUGUACAGAAGAAAUCAUGUAGAGUACAGACUUUAUACACCAAGCUACUUAACAGUGAAUGAGAAAAUGUAGAAUGUAAUGUAUGUUCUGUCAUUCGAGUUUUUGGUUUUCAGUUUUGAUGUAUUCAACUUUUAAUAGGUCUUUACUCUCCAGAUUUAAAAAAAAAAUGGAGUUGCAUUUGCAUGAAUCAGAAGUGUUCUCUGUAAAUACAUAGAAAUAGCGUUUGAAGGAACAUGUUGCAGUUUUUGAUGCAGCAGUUGUUUCAGUGUCACCAUGUUUGUAUAUGGCCAAGACUGGCCUUGUGUUUUAUAGGCUUAGAGCCAAUUGCCCAUGUUUUCUUUGCACUAAUCAACAACUGAAUGCAAUUUAUGGGAACUAUGUGCUGAAAAUGUGAUUACUUCUACUUUUUGUGUCUUUCUCUUCACAUUUCUUUGGAAUGUAAUUUCACUGAUGUGUGAACGGGGUUAUAAAAUACUACCUUUAAAUUAGCUUGUAGAAAGCACAAGUUCACAUAUAAAGGUUUUUCUUUAUAUUGAUAAUCGUAAUUGUCAGAACCUUGUUCUGGUGAAAUGUUUCAUGUUCGAACACUGUACAAAAUGUACCACUAAUUUUUGAAUAAAUUUGCAUCCAUUGUU